GGAGCAAGCUCCUCAAGCGGCAGCACCGGUAGUUCUGCACUGAUCGCAGUCCCAAAUGCAGGGACUUCAACCCAAAACGCCACAGCCCUUACUGGCGUUCAGUACAGCGGUCCCAUGGUGGACAAGCGGGCAGCCACGCUGCCGUCCAAGUACAACGGGAAGGCUGACAUCACCUCUUGGAUUAGUUCCAUGCGGUCAUACUUCGAGGUCAUGCGGACACCGCAAGAGGACCGAAGUAUGAUCAUGGGAACUAAUACCGAGUCUGCCGUACGAAACCACAUUGAGCUCCAAGCUGUUGCUGCAGGCUAUGCACGCAUAGACCUGACUGAUUGGCUGAAGGUCACCCCUGUUCGCACCCUUGAGGAUCUUCUUCUUGACCGGUAUCCGGAUAAACAUGCUGCGCUCAAGGCUAGACUGAAGCUUGAGGCCCUCAAGGGCCAAACAUGGAGGUCAUCCAAGCAGGCUUUGGAACAGCACCUUACUGGUCUAUUCACCACUCCGGAUCUAGGAAUGACUGACGUGUCUUGCAUGGAUGUAGUCAUGGGAGUGGCCCCUAAAGAAUACCUCUCCCUGCUAGCACUCAAGGACCAUGCUACCUGCAAACGCAUGUCCAGCCACAAGGUAGCCACUUCCACAUACAUGCGGGAGCUCUACGCCUUGCGCGAGGCGCUCACGCAUUGGAAGCACUACCUCUUGGGUCGCCACUUCAAGGUCUAUUCAGAUCAUCAGACCUUGCAAUGGAUUAAGACACAAACUGAUCUCUCUCCAACUCUGACCCGCUGGCUGCAUGACAUUGAUGUUUUCAACUUUGAACUAAAACAUAAGAAAGGCUGCUAUAAUCGUGUUGCUGAUGCUCUGUCGCGUCAUCCCGAGUAUUUGACUUGCAUUGUGGACUCUUACAACCUCCGGAGGAAACUGAAGGAGGAUCUGGUCGAGCACACUGCCAAGGAUCUGGACCUUAGUCCUAUCCUUGAGCAGCUCAAGGCUGACCCCAACAGUCAGCCUGAUUUUCAUAAAUGCGAGGGUCUUGUAUUUCGCCGGUACGGAAAGUUUGACCGUCUGUGUGUACCCAACCAUGCGCCUCUCCGAACUCAUUUCUUGGAUCUGGCGCACGGUCGGAGUGAAAAUAUUGGCUCUGAGAAGACUUAUGGAAGUCUUCUGCAACAAUUUGACUGGCCAGGAAUAAAAGGAUCUGCUCAGAAAUUUAUUGUUGAAUGUCAAGUAUGCCAAAGGAUCAAGGUUCACAGGCAUAAGCCUUAUGGCCUACUGAGACCUCUUCCCAUUCCCGAUGGACCCGGCGAGUCGAUUUCCAUCGACUUCACGGACAUGGGAAAGGUGAGUGAGGUUGGGAAUUCACAAGUCAUGGUCAUUGUGGACUGCUUCUCCAAAUUUCUGAACGUGAUUCCUUUCCCUCCUCACGCCCCGACUGAACUUGUCAUAGAAGAAUUCCAUCAGCAGUACAUUCUACAGUCCGGCGUCCCGAAAACUAUUGUGAGUGAUCGGGACACGAGAUUCUUCACGUCUCAGAUCUACGACAUCAAACUGAACAGGACUUCUGGUCGACACCCCGAAGCCAACGGAUUGGCUGAGGAGAUCAACCAGACUUUCAUCGAAUUGCUUCGCGCAGUAAUUGUUCCAGAUCAGAACUUGUGGGAUAAGGAAUUGCACAAAGUGAAAUGGGUGUACAACAACUCAAUCCAUUCUGCGACUGGUGUGACACCAAACCAAUUGCAGUACGGAUGACCUAUGCGUAAUCCCCUCUCCUAUCUGUUCCCCGAAUGGUCACCUGGUCUGAUGUCCGGCAUGCUUGGCUACAAUGCCAAGUACGCACGCUUGCUCAAAGUUGCUACAGCAGCUAUGAACAAGCGUCAGCAUGCCAUGAUCAAACAUGCCAAUAAGCUGCGCAAAGAAGAAAAAUUCAAAGUAGGGGAUUAUGUUUGGGUCAAAAUGUCUGAGUUUCCUAAUGAAAAGGGCAUAUCACGGAAGCUUCUUCCACUGUACUACGACCCUUGGCAGAUUCUGAAGGUAGUCGGGGAUGACUUCGGUCCUUCGUACGUGAUUGACGUGCCUCCUCACCUGCGCAUAUAUCCAGUCUUCCAUGCCUCCAAACUGUUCCCACACAUUGAUGAUGAGACUUUUCCCUUUCGUGACCCUAUGAUACCUCACCCUAUUGACGGCGGCCAUGAGAUUGACAGAAUCGUUUCUCACGAGGCGAGAGGGAGGAACAAACAAUACAAAGUUCAUUUCCUCUACCACCCGUUGAACGAAUUCUUCUGGAUCGACYGGAAAGAACUGAUAAAGAGUGCUCCACGUG